AUGGUCAAUGAUAAGUGGCUAGAGAUGAUGCCUCAGACUACCAUUACUCAUCUACCCUCUGUGGGUUCAGAUCACUGCCCCUUACUGCUGGAGAUGACUGAUCAAAACCACCAACACACCAAAUAUUUCAAAUUCCUUAACUGCUGGACAGAACAGCCAUCUUUCUUGGAUACUGUCAGUAAUUGUUGGAACAGGACCAUGGAGGGUAAUCCAAUGUGGUGUUUCCAUCAGAAAAUGAAGAGGUUGGCAGCCACUCUUAGUACUUGGUCCAGAUUGCAAUUUGGUGAUAUAUAUGCCAAAGUUAAAGAAUAUGAAGACAAGACUAGACAUGCAGAGGAAGAGCUAAUCUCUAGUAAUUCUGAAGAGAACAGAACAAAGCUCCAUGCCAUCAAUGCAGAGUAUAUAAAAUACCUGAAACUGGAGGAAUCCAUGCUAAAGCAAAAAACUCAGUUGCAUUGGUUCAAAGAGGGUGAUGUGAAUUCCAAGUAUUUUCAUGCCUUGAUAAGAGGAAGGAUGAGGAAAUUAUACAUCCAUAAGAUCCAGAAUAAGGAUGAUAAUUGGGUACAAGGUGAAGAAAACAUAGCCAAAGCUGCAUGUGAUCACUUCCAAGCCAUUUUCACUGGUGAGGAAACACAAAUUCAGGAGCAUACCCUCCAAUGUAUUCCCAGGAUGGUCACUGAUGAGCAUAACAGAAACCUAAAAGCUAUCCCUACAAUGGAGGAGUUGAGAACUGUAGUAUUUUUAAUGAAUCCCAAUUCAGCUGCUGGACCUGAUGGAAUGAAUGUUUUGAGGAAAAUGGGAUUUGAAGAAGGUUUCAUUGAUAUGGUAUGUAGAAUUAUGGCUGAUAAUUGGUAUUCCAUGAUUAUUAAUGGUUCAAGGCAUGGAUUCUUUCAUUCCACAAGAGGCCUUAAGCAAGGGGAUCCAUUAUCACCAGCUUUGUUUAUCAUAAGUGCUGAAGUCCUCUCCAGGCUCAUGAACAAUCUUCAUCAACACCCCCAAUAUCAUGGUUUCUUGAUGGCUAAAAAGGGCCCUCAAAUUAAUCAUCUCAGUUUUGCAGAUGACAUCAUCAUAUUCUCAUCUGGAAGAUCUCAUACCUUGAAGCUUAUCAUGGAGACACUACAUACCUAUGAGCAUGCUUCAGGCCAAUUGAUCAACAGAGACAAGAGUAACUUCAUGGUACCCUCAAAUGCCUUCAACUCUACUGUUAGAAGAAUCAAGAAAGUUACAGGCUUCAAGCAAAAGAACAGCCCUAUCACAUAUCUGGGGUGUCCUCUCUACAUUGGUAGACAGAGGAUCAUCUAUUAUUCUGAGCUUAUAGCUAAAGUUGUGGCUAGGAUAGCUGGAUGGCAGGCAAAGUUAAUUAGUUAUGGAGGAAGAGUUACUUUGAUUAAGCAUGUCAUCCAAGCACUUCCUAUUCACUUAUUAUCUGCUAGUUCCCCUCCUGCAACCACUAUCAAGCAAAUUCAAAGCAUCACAGCCAAAUUCUUCUGGGGGUGGAAGAAUGAAAGGAGGAAAUAUCAUUGGUCUUCUUGGAAGAAUAUGAGUUAUCCCUAUGAAGAGGGUGGUAUUGGAGUGAGACUAAUAUCAAAUGUUGCCAAGUCUUUCUAA